AGGCGGCAGCGGCCAUUUUGGCUCUCCGCUGACAGGGGCAGGCGAGAGGGAAAGAGGGCGCCGGCCUUGCCUGGCCCCAGCGCUUCUACCCUCGCCUUCCUCGGGCCGCCCCGCUCGGCUCCUCGCACCUCGCCAUGUCUGACACGCGUGGCGGCAGUGACAGCCGUUCCGACGAGACCGGCGUCGAGAAACAGGACACGCAGGAGAAGGAGACGGGCAUCCCCGAGAAAGAGGAGGAGGCCAAACUAAAGGCCAAAUACCCCAACAUAGGACUCCAGAAGCCCGGCGGUUCUGACUUCCUAAUGAAGAGGCUGCAGAAAGGGCAAAAGUACUUCGACUCUGGAGAUUACAAUAUGGCCAAAGCCAAGAUCAAGAACAAGCAGCUGCCAACGACGGGCGCCGACAAGAACCUGGUGACCGGUGACCACAUUCCCACGCCCCAAGACCUCCCGCAGAGGAAAUCUUCUCUCGUCACCAGCAAGCUGGCAGGACGCGCUGGCCUAUCGAUUAGUCCUUUAUCAUGCGCCUGGAAGGAGGAUGAGGCUGUGGAGAAAGCUGAGAGAUGCGGGCGCAAGGUUAAGAAGGAUGUGCAGUGGGUAUGUUAUACUUCAGGGCAGUCUGACCCAACUGCUGCCCUCCGUCCGUUUAGGACAACAAGACCCAUCAGCCGCAGCCAUCGGCUGCACAGCCUAGAGCAACCCAAAACGUCUGUAGGCCGCCUCACCUUGAGGGAAGAGGGCUUUACGGACAAAUCGCAACAAUCCUGGGUUGUGUCUUCGUUUCUAGAAAACUGACUGAGAAGGAGUAGGGUUCUUUUAAGAUUGUUCUCUGGGGUGCCAGAGAAGCCCCUUUUCCAGAGCUUGUAGCUUACAGGCAGAAGUCUUCUGGACCUAAAGGCUCCUUGGGCAAUCUCGCUUGAUGCCAGCUGCUGGGCCCAACCUUCCCUGUAUCUGCAGAAGCUCUAAGCAAGAGGCAUGAGUUGCACUGAUUGAUAGAAGCCAGUCCGUGCACUUGGGCAAGCCACGCCACGCCUCCGGUUGGGGCAUGCGGCCGGACAGAAGCAGGUGAGGAUCGGGCCGGCUGGAUGCUUGGCCCUUGAAACGUCCUGCUUUGAUUCACAGCAAGGUGUCCAGUGUGAGCGAGCGCUGGCCUCUUUGCCUCUCUCGAAGAAGAGCGCUUAGAACGGCCCGAAUGGCUCCGACACUGUUUUAACGCGAUCCAUAGAAUAAUUAGCAACAUGAUAAGCAGGGUCCUCUUGGCUCCUUCCAGGCCAGGUAAAGCGGGCUCCCUAGCCCGGGCUCCCCAGCCCUUUGGGGCCGGUGGGCACGUUUGGGAUUCUGGGAGCUUCUCAGGGGGGCUCUCACAAGGCGGUGUCCCAGUGGGCGGGGCUGUGGGGGGCCCACUUUGGUGAGGUUGGGCUGGCUGCACGACGGGUCUCCAUGAAGCACACAGGAAAAGAGCAGGACGCUGGCUGAGGUUGGGGCAGGGACCCCAAGCCCCCCUUGGGGGCUUCCUUGGGGGAGUUUGUGCAGCCCGGAGGGCGGGGCGGUUUCUGCACAGAAGCUUCCUUAGAACAGCAGCAUCGGCAGCUCUCCAAGCAGAGCGGGGUUCCUCCGAGGCCUGCCAGGCACCCUCUCCACUGUCAGUCCCUUCCCAGGACUGCCCUCCGUUUUCAUCCUUGCCUUGUCUACGAAAGGGAGCAGAAACCUGCAUGACGCCUGAGGAACUGGGUGCCUCCCCCACAGUGCUCAGUCACGAAAUCCGAUGCGUGAGGCGCCAGGACAUUCACAGCACCGGGAGACAUGUCCGUGGGCGGGUGCUUCGGCCCAGCCACCAGCUGCUGCCUCUCGGUCCCCUUGGGUGGCACGUCUUUGGUAAUCCCACCACAUGUCCAGCUUUACUGGACGGUUUAACGCUGGUUAGAAGCAGGUUCUCUGUUUCUCCCUUUCUUCCCCCCAAAGGCGCAACUGCUUCUUCCGAAUCCCUGCGCUGCUUUGAGCCCCUUGAAGCCAUAGAGCCUUGUCAACUGAUUCUGCAGUUUGUCCCAGCCAUACUGUAAAUAGAUAUGAGUCAUAUAUAUAUAUAUAUAAAUACACACAUAUAUAAAUAUAUAUAUAUAUAUAUAUAUAUAUAUAAUUUUUUACAUUGUCUUCAUCUUUAUCUUCUGGUGCUUGCUUUUUUCUAAAAAAAAAUGCAAAAAAACAAGUAUGAACAUGCACACUCUCUCUCUCUGCUGCUACAAAUCACAGGCGCCCCGCCCACCCUUCCGUUAGCCCUUCCCGCAACCAGCUUGGAGCUUAAAGCUGCUACUCAGGGGGUGGGGGGAAUCACGUCCUGUAGCUUCUGGUUUUCAGCAAAUGACACAGAAAGGGAAAAGAGCUGGGUGUGAACACUCGAGUGAUAACCUUUGAAAAUAAAAUAAUCCUUGUUUCAA